AUGCUUGCCUCUCUUGGAAAAAAUCCAACUGAAGAAUAUUUAGAGAAUAUGAUGAAUGAGGCACCUGGUCCUAUUAAUUUUACCAUGUUCCUUACACUCUUUGGUGAGCGUCUGCAAGGUACAGAUCCUGAGGAUGUUAUUAAGAAUGCAUUUGGAUGUUUUGAUGAAGAAAACAAUGGUGUAAUUGCUGAGGAUCGGCUGCGUGAAUUACUCACCACUAUGGGCGACAGAUUCACUGAUGAUGAUGUUGAUGAAAUGCUUCGUGAGGCACCAAUACGUGACGGUCUGUUUGACUAUGUUGAAUUUACACGCAUUCUAAAACAUGGUGCCAAAGAUAAAGAUGAGCAGUAA